AUGCAAUAUUUUCUUGCCGAUGGUGCCUCCAUUUUCGAGCGGGGCGAAAAGGAGAGCCUGCGGCAUCACCUGCGUAUGCUGUGGCACGGGGCAGACUACUUUCCCGUCUGCUUCAUCUCCAUCGAUCUGGAGGGUCCUUUCAAACACAUCACUGAGCUCGGUCUCGCAUUUCAGCGAAAAAACCAGCCUCGCAUGGGCCGACAUUUGGUUGUGCAGAGCACACAACACGAGAAGUCCAGACCUCCUCUGCCUCUUGGUUUCGGAAUGACAUCCGAAACCAUUGACGAGCCCGAGCAAUUGGACUCCGGGCCACCAAUCGACACCCCCAUCCUUGACUCCGCCACCAUCUUCAAGACAUUCACUGGAAGAAACAGGCAUCCAACUCUAGGAAAGACCUUGGAAUUAUUUGGAUACGAUGGCCUUCCUUCAGCACCUUUCCACAACGCGGCGAAUGAUGCUUGGUAUGCUCUAGAGCUCCUGUUUCGUGAGGCAGAUCAGGCCUGGAAGCAGGUCAUGCAUCCUGACGGAGAAGACACCAUCGACUGGAUGGUGACACCUGGAGGACCACCCAAUUCGCCUACCAGAGGCACAACUGCACAGCAGGCUUACGACCGUUGCCUCUCCAUUCCUACCCUACCCUGUCCAUCCAUGGGCAAAGCAUCUGCUCGCAACUUAUCUGGACAAGCUCCACCGACCCCGCAAACACCUCAAGACGACAGCACAAGCCUUGGAAAGAACCGUCGCAAGAUCCGCAAGAGAGUGAGGACUGAAACUUCCACUGAUGACAACAUGACCAACUCCACCUCGGCGGUGAAUCCAACAGGCAGCAGCCCACCAGCCAAGAAGCGAAAAACGACACAUGAGAGAAGCAUCACUGAGGAGGAGCAAGGAGAGACCAAUUGUGUGAAGGCAGAUGAGCGCAAUCACAACGAUGAGGGUGGUCUGGCAGGCAAGGCAGAGGCGGAGGGGCAAGAGGACAUGGUGGGGCAGGAGGAGGUCAAGGAAGUGCAAAAGGGUUCGGUAGAAGGAGAGUUGUCUGUCACCUCGGGUGCACCCUAG